UUGUCUAAGCUGCGUGCUGACCUCAGGAACCAGGAACAAGGGCGCUUUGGAGGGUCCUCUCUGCGGGAGAUCAUGGCUCAUGUAGGCGCCGGGUGCUCUAAGCUCCGCCCCUGUGGGUCCGAGGGCGGGGGGGGGCCGGCGGCGGAUAAGAAGCGCUCAUUGACAGAAGUGUCGGGCAGAUGCGGGCUCGUGGUUAAACGUCCCUCCGCCAGUCCGCCGGUCCGAGCCGGUGUCCAGUGUCUCCGGGAGCCCACGGCCAGCGCACAGGCGUAUUUGAGACGGGACACUCACUCUGCAGUGAUGUUAUCAUCCCUCCUCAUCCUUUUUCUCAUCGUUUCCACGUGGACGUUAGACUUCAGGUAUCACAACAACCGUGAGAUCGAGCAGUACCUCCUCCAGGUCAACUCCUCCAACCCCGACAUCACACACCUGUACAGCAUCGGCCAGUCUGUCCGAGGACAGCAGCUGUGGGUGUUGGCCCUCAGUGUCAGCCCUCACCGUCACACCGUCGGGAUCCCAGAGUUCAAAUAUGUGGGGAACAUGCAUGGAAACGAGGUCCUCGGCCGGGAGCUGCUGCUUCAGCUAGUGGACGACCUGGUGCGAGGCUACCGCAGCAAUGAAACCUGGGCCGUCCAGUUGCUGAGCAGCACUCGCAUUCACAUCCUGCCCACCAUGAACCCGGAUGGCUUCGACGAGGCAAGCACCCAAUGCCAGCACGGCACAGGCAGGUUCAAUUACAACGGCAUCGAUCUGAACAGGAAUUUUCCGGACGCUUUCUCUGGUCUCCGUCAGCAUCAGCCUCUGAAAGAGGAGAAGAGGGAGGCUGAGGUGAGAGCUGUGAUUGGCUGGUUGAGGACAGAGACUUUUGUUCUCUCUGCCAACCUUCACGGCGGGGCUCUGGUGGCCAGUUACCCCUAUGACAACAGCAAUCGAGGCACGGAGCUGUUUGGCCGGGCCAGCAUCACCCCUGACGACGACGUCUUUGUCCACCUGGCUAAGGUGUACUCCCACAACCACGCCACGAUGCACCAGGGCAACCGCUGUGAGGAAAGCAGGCCCUUCCUGGACGGCAUCACCAACGGACACCAGUGGUACCCUCUGCAAGGUGGGAUGCAGGACUACAACUAUGUGUGGGCCCAGUGUUUGGAGCUGACUCUGGAACUGUCUUGCUGCAAGUUUCCUCCAGCCAGAGAGCUGUCGGCCCGGUGGGUGGACAACAGGAAGGCCCUGCUGGCCUUCAUCCAGCAGGUCCACCUCGGGGCUAAGGGUCUCGUAAUGGACGGAUCGGGCGUGCCCGUGCAGAAUGCGGUGGUGGAGGUCAAAGGUCGCAGUAAUCUGUGUCCUUUCAGAACCAACCGACACGGAGAGUACUACAGACUGCUGCUGCCUGGGGACUACACCUUCACUGUGAUGUACCCGGGUCACGAGGUUCUGACGGAGACCCUCAGCAUCCCGUACGGUCCGGACCACUACUCGGCCGUCCAGCACGACUUUUCCCUACGGCGCGUCCUGAGGACGACCGGCGCCGGCCCCGCCAAGCCCACGCGGGCCGCCACCAGAGCCAAGUCCACUAAGGCCAACCUCACCCAGGCCCACCCCAGCCCCACCUGCAACUACACCUCCCACCUGGAGGCCCGCGCCGCCACGCCCCGCUGGACACGGGGGGGCCUGGCUCUGGCGGUCAGCUCGGUGCCGCUGCUGCGACUGCUGGUAGACUAAUGCUGACCUGAGAAAAGCCUGAUCUGCUCCUGAGGCUCUGGAGGGAGAGAAAACUCAGAGGUGUGUGCGGGGGCUGGAGCAGACCGGGGCAGGUGGACUUUACGGGAACGCAGAACAGUUGGGAUCCUCAAAGCCGGACAAGCUGAUGGCCUCAGCCGUCCCCUCCGCCCAGACCGGUGACCACGCCUUUCUCACAUUCCGGCAUGUCCAUGUGGGAAAAGCACAGCUCGGAAAAUGAGCUGUAUUGUAGCCAAAUUCCCUUUUGAUUCCAUCUGUUUUAGUUUCCAUCCACACGUAGUUUGAUUUGAACCCCGUUUUGAGGGACUAACGACAGUAGAGCAGCUACUAACAGCAGAGGCACGAGCUUUUUGCAGAAGGGCA